UGGGAAACUCCCAGUCCCCGCAGCCGCCGCAGCCGCCGCCGCAGCCGCUGCCGCCUGGUCUUGCGGAGAGCGCGCAGCGCUGAACGGGUAGCGCCGGGAGCAGCAGCGCCCAUGUAAUGCCCGAGGGUGAGCUGUCCUGAGCUGCUGUGGUCCAGCCACCUGCCCAUUCACGUACACGCCGCGCAGCCUGCCAGCAGCACCUGCCAUGGAGUCCAGAGGGAAGUCGGCCAGCAGCCCCAAGCCUGAAACCAAGGGACCCCAGGCUGGUGCCGAGGCCAGAGCCCCCGCAGCUGCAGAUGGGAAAGCCCUCUUGGCUAAGCCCGGGAAGAAGGAAGCUCAACCAGAGAAGCAGGAGUCUCCUGCAGCCCCCACCCCUCCAUCUGCCAAGAAGACCCCUGCCAAGGCAGACCCUGCCCUUCUCAACAACCACAGCAACUUGAAGCCAGCCCCUGCGGCCCCCAGCAGCCCAGAUGCCACCCCUGAGCCCAAGGGCCCUGGGGAUGGGGCUGAGGAGGACAAGGCCCCCAGCAGGGGCCCAGAGGAUCGAGGCCCCUGCCCUUUUGAGAACUUGACCCCCCUGCUGGUAGCUGGUGGGGUGGCUGUGGCAGCUGCAGCCCUGAUUUUUGGCCUGAUCUUCCUGGCGCGGAAAAAAUGAUGGCUGGUGCCCAGGUGCCCACUUCCUGUACAGACCUCGAGAAUCCAGUGCAUGCCGAACUCACAUACCACUAUCCAUACACUCGUACAUCCGUAAUAUAUAUACAUAUAUACCCCCACGUACAUGCAGAGGGAGAGAGGGCAGCCCCCAAAAGCAGAAACUAAGCCCCCUCAGCUGGCCCCCCAGGGAUUCCCCCUCUCAAUGUCCACGGCAGAAAGAGUCCAGGCCCUGGAUUUCCCAGACUGCCCCAAGUGGGGCUCUGACAUUGGCUGGAGAGACUCUGAUGCCAGCCUGGGCCAAGGUACCUUGGGCCAGUGGAAAGGGUGGUCCCUGAGUGUGGCCUGCCCACACACAGGCAGGCGUAUCCAGAAUGAAAGUGCUCACACGUGCCAGCCUGUCCUGAGAGGCCCCAGGGGCCCUGUGGGCCUCCUGGCAGCAGCAUCCUGAGGGGCCCCCAGUGAUGGGAACUCCAGGGCUGGGCAGGGGUUUGGGAUGGGUUCCAACCUGGGUCUAGCCCAUGUGGGGACAUUAAAGGGUGUGGCUGUCUCUCCCCUUUUCUGUUCUUCACUUGGAACUGGGUAGUGGGGGGUCCACUUGGGUGGGUCUGGUCAGUGGGGCUGACUUGAAGUGGUCAGUCAGGUUAGCAGAGCUUCCAUGCCACCUCUGUCCAUUGACUGAAUGCUGGCUGGCUGGACUGAACCCAGAGAACGGUCUCUCACAGCUCACCUGAUAGCUUGUGCCUCAGGGGAGCCCCUGAGGCUGGGGCCACCACACUUCCUGCCUGGGGCCCCCUCCCCAUCCUGCAGCAAUUAGCCAAGAGCCUGGCAGGAAGGCAGGUAUCAGGGACCCGCCUGGCAGUUGUGCCUGCCCAGUCCCUGUAGGUGGCCCCUCCUGCCUCAUCCAGUGUCCUGAGUCUAACAAGCGUAUAAAUGCAAUAACAGGUAGAGUAGAACCGCUUGGUGGGUGACCGUCACCCAAGUCCGCUGCCCCACUGCGCCUGCAGGGAGACGGUGCUGUGCAGCCCCCUCAGCAUGUCUGGUCUCAGCCUGGCUCCUGACGGGGUGACAUCAGGCAGGCUCUGGAGGUUGGUGGUGGGCAUGCAGGAACCUGACGUGCCCUUGCCUGGCCCGCUGGGCUGAGUGGAGACUAGUCUGAAAUAAACUCUAUUGUCUAAA